CUGGCUGUCGUCGUUUCGCCGCCGAGUUGUCAACAUCAACGCAACGCAAUGCUUUCCUAUCCUAUCCAGCUAGCCAAACUGUACUGAAAAUAAUGGCAACUACAGCUACAACUACAACGGCAACAACGGCUACGGCUACAACAAUGUUUUAUUAAGUUUCACGAAAUAUAUAUGAGCGAAAAGCUCUAUACCUCGUUUGCUGAGACAGCAGCAACAGACAGCGGAACAGAACUGAACAGAACAGAACUGAAACGAACUGAACAGAAACCAACACAAACAAAUAGCGCGGACAAAACGAAAAGAAACCGAACACAAAACCCCAGCAGAAAAGGCAAAAAAGCUGAAAAAGAGUCGUUGAGAAUGUGCUGUUUGUUUGCCAGCUCAAAAAUAAAUAGGAUUGUAUACAAAUAUGUACGCACAUAGAUAGGAAAGUCUAAAAAUCAAAUAUUGGAGUGGCUAACGUAACUUCAAGUUGCCAUUUCUUGCAACAUGACAGUAAUCCGUUCAAAACACUGUGGCUCUGUGAGGUACGAUACCGCCAACGAAUAUGACCACCUCAACGCGCAGCAGCAGCAACACAAAUAGCAGCAACAACCACAGCAGCGAGCACGAGGAGCGAACCGCCAACGGCACCAACGCCUACAACCACCACAGUCCGACGGGUUCGGGAUCGGGAUCCGGAACAGCAGGCGCCUCCAUUGGAUCCACCAACCGAGUGAUGCAGGCGGACGAGGACUUCAACAUCCGAUUCGUCAACCUGGUGCGCACCCACAAGUGUCUCUACGACAAGAAGGUGCCCGAGUACCGCAACAGGGAUAACCAGGAAAAGGCUUGGGUGCUUAUAUCAAAGGAGACAAGAGAAAGCGUGAUCCAUUGCAAGGAGCGAUGGCGAAAUCUUCGCGCCUGCCUCUCCCGCUACAUAAAGCAGCAAUCCGGUUCGGAGCCGCAGCACAAGCCAUACUACCUGACCGAGCACAUGGCGUUCCUGCUGCCCUUCCUGAAGUCCAGCCGUAACUCCUUGGAGGGGAACAACAGUCUGGCCACUCUGUACCAGAUGUCCCAGCAGCACCUGCAGCAUCAACCAUUUCUCCUGCACCCAGCACUCCAUGAGACCGAGGAGCACAAGUACUGCGCCAACACUAGCAUCAAUAAUAAUAAUAAUAACAACAUCUCCAAUAAUGGCGAGAAUAUGGAGGUCUUGGAGAUGAAGUACUCGAUUUCGGAGAAGGACGAUGAGGAGACUAUCGACGCCUUUGAUCCCGCGGUCACCAACACCCUGGGUAUGAAUCGUACUUCGUCCACGCCCACACGCCUUUCCGCCCUUCAAGGAGGCGGGGGCAACUCACCGGCCAGAAGCGAUACCGCUAGUGCGGAUAGCAUGAAGAACUUCAUUCCGGAUGUGCAGCUGGCCGAGACGGGUUCGCAACUCAUCUACAGCGAUGGUGGACAUGGGACACCACCGCCCCUGCACUAUCAUCCGCACUCGCAUUCACAUCCUUUGACGUUGUCCAUGGAACACCACCCAGCAUCAUAUGAACCGGGCAGCACGAAAAGAAUCAAGACGGAAUGCGAGGCCACCAGCACGAUGACGAAUGCAGGAAGUAUUUACGGCGGACUGAGUUCGUCGGAAGUAGCGGACAUGGAGUUCUUCCGCAGCAUUCUCCCAGAUCUGGCGAAUCUCACUCCACAGCAGCGUCGCAAGUUCAAGAUUGGCAUUCUGGAGCUGAUUGACGACGUUGUAACCAGAUAUCCCGCCCAGGAUCACAGCAACGGAGGAGGAGUAUCUGGCGUACUCAACGGAAGUGGCGGUAGCAGCAAUGGGGGAUCUGUAAAGCAUCAAAGGCGCAGCUCUGGACGCGAUUGGAGGAAACAAUAAAGGAAUAGAAAAUGUA